CUUUGAAGUGUCAUCUUGUGCACUGUGCCUUUCGCGGCGAAUUGGGGUGAAGUCGUGAACCCCUCCGCAGUCGUAAGGCCUCCGCACUCCGCCGCCGCUGUUCCGUCCGCACACUGCUGUUAGUUACAACUUACAGACGUCGUCUUUCUCUUUGCUGCUAGUCCGCGUUUGGUGUUUCACAAUUGUGACUCUCAGACUUUUUGCAGUUGCAAGCCCAUUUGUGAAUCUCUCAUUGCUAGUAGAUUGAAGAAACCUGAAACAGUAGAUCUCCCUUGUUGCCUUCUGAUCCUUACCAGAGUUCAGGCUAGAAUCAGAGCUGACUAUGUUGACAAGAGGCUGAGGUGACAAAAGCUAUGGCCUCAAAGCUUCUUUUGCAGAGAAGGCUCUUCAGGUUUUUGCAACUGUCACCACCCUUUUCUUCCAUUCAUGCAGCCCCGUUCUAUUCAGUGAAAGCUUCACAAUUCUUGUCUCUCUACAAGGAGAAUGCCGUCCUUCCUCCUCUCUCAUCUUCUUCUAGAAAUAUCUGCUCUCGCAGUUCUAAUCUUGAUGACUCUCAAGGUCCCUUGACUAUUGAUUACAGUUCUCUACUACAGGAGGGUGAAUUCCACAGACUGGCUGAUUCCACAAUACAUAGCCUACAAGAGAAAUUAGAGGACUAUGGAGACUCAGUUGAAGUUGAUGGAUUUGACAUAGACUAUGGGAAUGAUGUAUUGACUGUAAAACUUGGCGAUCUUGGCACCUAUGUUUUGAACAAACAAACACCAAAUAGACAACUCUGGCUGUCUUCUCCAGUAAGUGGUCCAUCAAGGUUUGAUUGGGAUCGGGAUACUAAAGCUUGGAUUUAUAGGCGGAACAAAGCAAACUUAUAUAAAAUUUUGGAAGGUGAAUUGGAGCAGUUAUGUGGCAAACCUAUUGUACUUUCCUAAGCUGUGGAGAAGGUGCUCCCUAAUCGUGAUUUUUUAUUUUAGAAGGUAAAUUAAUGAUGAUGAGCCAUUGGCGUUAGCAUGCACGUGAAGUUUUUUAUUUAUUAUUUUUUCCCCCACACUUGGCACCUUCACUGUAUCAGUUAUACUAUUUCUAUCAUAAAGUGCGUGACUGGUUUAAAAUAACUUGCGUGAUAUGAGAUAAAUGUUCACUUGGUUGGUUUCACAUUGGAGAAUUGAUUUUGGCUCCCGAGUAUGGAUUGGUAGACAAAAUUUUGUGACUCAAAAUGGAAAUGGAAAUAUAGACUAAACUAGUUUGGAUUUUGAUAUUUA